AUGUCACUUCCCAGCCCAGCCCGCCGCGCACUACUCGACAGCAAUCCGAAGCUUCUCCUUCCGUCGACGACCGAUCCGCCCGGCCCAUCGAAUCCACCCAAGCAAAAGGMAUGGCUGAUAUUUGGUGCGACGGGCCAUAUUGGUCGCUCGCUGGUCAAGGCAGCGCUGAGCCAUGGGGACAACGUCACGGCUGUAGGCCGGACCAAGGAGAAUAGCAUGCAGCAGAUGCAAGGCUGGCACGAUCGAUGUCAGGGCCUGCUUUGUGAUGUCCGGGUCCGCAGUACCGUUGAAGAUGUCAUUCAGCAGAGCAUGGCACGCUGGAAAUGCAUUGAUAUCAUUGUGAACUGCACCGGCUAUGGAGUCAUCGGAUCCUGUGAAGACCAGGACGAUAGUGAUCUUCGAUCUCAAUUUGAGACCAACUUCAUGGGUACCCUCAACAUUCUCCAGCUUUCCCUUCCUCAUCUGAGAGAGCAAGCCGCACUCCGAAAAGAGGGCGAAAAUGCUGGUCGUUAUAUCAUUUUCUCUUCCACAUCCGGGGCGCUUGGUGUGCCCGGACUCGGACCCUACUGUGCAACCAAGUAUGCUACUGAAGGUCUGAUAGAGAGCAUGCUUUACGAGAUUGACGCCUUCGGUAUCAAAGCCACGCUCAUAGAGCCUGGUCAUAUGCGUUUGGAUGAACCCACUGGCUUAGAUGACAAGGCUCCGGAUGGAUCUGCUGGCAGUGGAAAUAAUGUCACCAUCAAGCGAUAUGGACACUUUCUCGUCAAGACUCCUUCGACGCCAUACAACACUCCAACAGCACCCUCAAAUCACGCCAGGAGAAUUGUACAGUGGCUUUCGGAUAGGCAGCCCACGAGUGCAGUCAAGUCUGCAGAGCUUGUUUGGCAGCUUGGCCAUUGCCGUUAUCCGCCUCUGAGGCUUUUACUUGGCACAUACGCCGUUGAGAGCGUUCGUGAUCGUCUAAGAAGUGUCAUUGAGGAGAUCGAGGACUGGAAGCACUUGCAUUUCCCCUCGAGCGAGGACGAUGGAAAAUUUGAAGGGGAAAAGGGCGCAGACAAUGACGAAGAGAUGAAUGAUGCCAUGGACGGUGGUGAGGACGGCAAUCUUGAUGUCAAAGACGAGGACGACGAAGUCUGA